AUGCUUGUGUGUGGGACCAACGCCUUCAGCCCCUCAUGUGACUACAUGACAGUCACAGAUGAAACCAUCUCCCUGGAUGGAAACCAGAUGAGUGUGAAGGGAACAAUACCGUUUGACCCCAGCGAUCGAUUCGCCUCCCUGAUGAAUGACGACACCCUGUUCUCUGCCACCUCUGCAAACUUUCUGGGUACAGAAAUGGUGUUCCAGAAACAUGGACCCAAACCUGGACAGAACGCCAUCAAGACUGAAAUGAAACAAUCUUUGCUCAGCGAACCCAACAUGAUUUCCGUCAACCUCGUUGAGGCCAGCAAGGACAGUGACAAUGGAGAAGAUGACCAAGUCUUCCUGUUUUUCACUGAGAAAGCCAUGGAACAACAGCCUGCCGACCUCCUGGUCUCCAGGGUCGCUCGUGUGUGCAAGAGUGACCUUGGAGGCAAAAAAAUUCUUCAAAAGAAGUGGUCGUCGUUUAUCAAAGCCCGGCUGGACUGUCCGUUUGGAGACUCAUCGGCCCUCAUGCAGGAUGUUUUUCUUCUAAAGAGCCAAACCAACUGGAAGGACAGCAUCUUUUACGCCACGUUUACGUCCAAUCCGCAGCACUCUGGAGCCAGCAGCCAUUCUGCUGUCUGUGCUUACAGACUGUCAGACAUAAACGACGUGUUUGCCGGGAGGUUUCUGGCUGAAACCCGCACUGGAGGCUGGGUUCCAUACACCGGAGCGGUGCCGUCCCCUCGCCCUGGCUCCUGCAUUAACGAUGAAACGAGGACUGCAGGCUUCAGCUCAUCUUUGGACCUCCCAGACAAUUACAUGACGUUUGUGAUAAAACAUCCUCUGAUGGAGGGGGUCGUCACACCCAUCGGUGGAAAACCUCUGUUAGUCCAGUCAUCAAGGAAGUUUUCCAAAAUUGUGGUGGACCAAGUGACAUCCCCGAAAGGACAGCAGCACCAGAUGCUGCUGAUCGGCACAGAGUCCGGCUGGCUGCAGAAGGCCGUGAAGCUGGACGGCGAGGAGGGACGCAUCGUGGAGGAGCUGCAGCUGUUUGAAGACCCGCUGCCUGUUGACUUCCUGCAACUGUCCACAACAGGUCAGCUGUACGGCGGCACCAGCAACGCCGUGGUGCAGGUGGACGUACGAGACUGCAGCCGCUACACGUCCUGUGACGACUGCAUCCUCGCCAGGGACCCGUACUGUGGCUGGGACCGGAUGGAAGGGAAAUGUGCCUCUGCUGCUGGAACGUCUUCCUGGUUCCAGAGUCUGACAGAUGGAGACACCAGCCUGUGUCCAACUCCUGAUGUGACAAAGGAACCAGAAGCUGUCGUCCUCAUCAAGGACAGAGCUCAGUUCCUGCCGUGUCACCCUGAUACCAACCUCCCAACCAGCUGGCGCUUUGCUGACGACAUCCUCCAUCCUGGUCCUCGACUCACCCCAAUCAGCCAGGGUCUCAUCAUCACACCCUCCUCUUCAGAUGCUGGUCUUUACACCUGUGAGACGCUGCAGGACAUCGGGGGCAGAAUGCACCGAAGGACGGUCAUCCAGUACCUGGUCCAGGUUCAGGACACCUGCAACCUGGCCCCAGUUCAGGAGACCAGCACCCCGGUAGUCCCAGUUCAGGACGCCAGCACCCCGGUAGUCCCGGUUCAGGACACCAGCACCCCGGUAGUCCCGGUUCAGGACGCCAGCACCCCAGUAGUCCCGGUUCAGGACGCCAGCACCCCGGUAGUCCCGGUUCAGGACGCCAGCACCCCGGUGAUCCCGGUUCAGGACGUCAGCACCCCGGUGGUCCCGGUUCAGGACGCCAGCACCCCGGUGGUCCCGGUUCAGGACGCCAGCACCCAGGUGGUCCCGGUUCAGGACACCAGCACCACGGUCACGGUUCAGGACAACAGGACCCUGGUCCGGACCCUGAAGGGGGCACUGAUCACCCUGGUGGUCUUUACAGAUGCUGGUCUUUACACCUGUGAGACGCUGCAGGACAUCGGGGGCAGAAUGCACCGAAGGACGGUCAUCCAGUACCUGGUCCAGGUUCAGGACACCUGCAACCUGGCCCCAGUUCAGGAGACCAGUACCCCGGUAGUCCUGGUUCAGGACGCCAGCACCCUGGUGGUCCCGAUUCAGGACACAACCACCCGGGUCCCCGUUCAGGACAACAGGACCCUGGUCAGGACCCUGACGGGGGCACUGAUCACCCUGGUGGUUUUUACAGGCUUGGUGCUGAUCUUCACUUUACUCAUGUUCCACCACUUGAAGAGCAGAAACCAGGGUAACAGUGAAGACAGUCCCGUUUGA